UCUUAGUGUUUGUUCAACCAGACUCUCGAACCAUCUCCUCAGAAGUGUCACUUAGUGUUUUGUAUUUACUCUUUAGUUUCUAAAGCUUUUUCUCCUGCAUUGUGCAGCAACACCAGCAACACAAUGAGCCAUCUUCCUUUUUUCUGUUUUUGUUUGACUGCUGGACUCACAGCGUCGUCCUUUCUUCGGAUUCUGAACCCACAUCAGGACUGCAGACAACCGGGUCUUGCCAAUUGUAAAAUCAAUAACUGUUCAGAUAAACACAAGGUAUCUCAAGCUCCCAGCGGCCCAAUUUGGAAUCCUGAGCAUGUGGGAGUCAUGACUGACGAACGUGGGAGCGUCCCCAGUAUGAAUGUGACAUGGAGUUUAGAGUUAGAUGGAGGUGUAUUAGACAUGUCUGGGUCAGAGAUAAAUAUUUGGGAUGAAAAAAGUAAUCAGAGUGUGUGUGUGCAGUUUUCUUUCAACAUCACUGAACAGAAUAAUCAAAACCAUAUGAGGUGGAAAUUUUCCUUGGACGGAGUUGUUGUCGAGCCUGAACAUACAUACGCAGUGUCAGUUGUUAAUUUACCAGAACCCAAGAGUAGCGACCUCACUAUCAGAAAGAAAAUUUUUAUCCCAGGAUGUGGUGAUAGCAGAAUCCAAACGGCUCAAAUGUGUGUCGAAAAUGGUAGUCUAUGGAAGCCUCACAUGACCAAAGCCAUGUAUAUGGAUGAGGAAAAGAAAAAGUUGUUUGUCGUUUUGGGUUUUGAGGCAGCAGAGUAUUCAGAGAGAUACCAAGUCUCCAUCCAGAGCCAGACUUUCCAUUAUUCACACAAUGUCUCAAAGGGGAACCGAACAUCACUGAACGUGACCUUUGUGUUCGGUUUUUGGCAGCUCCCAAAGUGUGACAUGUUGUUAUCGAUUCAACCCUUUUUUAUACGAUGCAAAAACAACUGUCAACGCCACGAGACAACAAUCAAAGAGUGUCCUUAUUAUCCACAACGGACUGUCAUCAUAAAGGCAUCGGUGGGCCUGUUUGUCAUUGAGCUUUUUUUUUUUUACUUCCUGUGGAGAGCAUGUCAUAAAGGUUCCCUGAACACAUCCUCAUCUGCUGCCAGACACCAACCAGAGGGUUUUCAAAUGCAGGAGAGAAAACGAGUCCUGGUCCUCUACUCCCUCGACCACCCCUUGUACAAGAACAUCGUUCUCAAGCUCUGUGGCUUCCUUGCAGCAAAAUGCGGCACAGAAGUGGUGCUGGAUCUGCUGGACUCUGCCAGACUGGGAGCACUGGGAAGGAUUCAGUGGUUGGACUGGCACAGAGAGCAAAUCGAAAACUCCUCAAAUAAGAUACUACUCCUGUGCUCAAGAGGGGUACAGGCCAAAUGGAGAGCCAUGUGUGGAGACAAACAGGUUAUUCUGAGGGAGGACGUCCACUCACCUGCAGGCGACAUGCUGACUCCAGCCCUCUGCCUCCUGGUGCCACAUUUCAUCCGAUCUGCAUCCUAUGAAAAAUACUUGGUGGCUUAUUUCGAUAAUGUUUGUUCAGAGGAGGACGUUCCUUCACCUUUCAACAUCGCAGUGAGGUACAAGCUGAUGAAACAGUUUGAGGAGCUGUUUUUCAGGAUCCUGGACACUGAGAAGCAUGAACCAGGCAGAAUGAACCACAUCGAAGGGCUUUCAGAGGACGUGUACCACCAGUGCCCCUCGGGUAGAGCCCUGCAGGAUGCCAUAGAGGCUUUCCAUGCACACCAGCUGGAACAUCCACACUGGUUUGAGGAAGAAUCACUGGAGAGCUCAGAGCUGCAGGCUGAUGAGCCCCACAUGACCAAGCAGCCUGACAGAUCUCACUCCGUACCUGACUCCACCCAAGUAAUCAGCCAUGUAACCACCUGUGACACUGAUUUCACUGCUGACAGAAUGGCACUCAAAGGACCCGAGCAGCUGUUUAUGUGCUCCUCAGCUGAGUUCAGAUCUUACUGUUGAGGAAAAGCAGCCGGUUUGACUGCUUUGACUUACCAGGAAAAUACUGAGGGUAGCACUUCACUUAUGUAGUUUAAUGACAACUACGGCCUGAUUCAGAGUCAAGAAAAGGAUCUCUAAGUACGAAUAGAUAUGGGCUCAUCCAUAAAAUAAACUAGAAAGGCACAAUAGUGCAUACCAAGGCUCAAUAGUCCAUUUAAAUUUACAGAAGGUCCCGUAAAUAGGCCAGAUUUUUCUCAUCUACACAUUAAUUAUUCAGUGGAAAAAUCCCUCGAUCCAUAGCUAAAUAUAAUGAGUUCUUUACUGACCCAUUCCACAUCCUAAGUUUCAUGGUAGUCCUUCCAGUAGUUUUUGUGAAAUCUUGCUGUAAUUUGUUGGUAGAAAAAAAGACCGGAACAUUUAUAAUUUCUUUCCAGACUUUAUUAAAUCUAUGUACAUGUUUUUAUAAACAAACAUGUGAUAUACCGUGUGUUUUACCUUGCUGCUUGUUGCAUUGAUGUCUGAUGUCAGUGUCACCAGGAGACAAUUCCAGACUGGAGUUUAGAGCACAGUGAUCUGUGGUUGAUGCUUGUGGGCUGUGUAAACAGUGUUCAGGUCAAAGUUCAACCCUCUGGGCAAAGUUUCCAGUAUUUUAGUUGCAUUGGAGAAGGUAAGCACUAAACUCUGCUGGGGGAAACUUGGGGUAGCUUUUCAGUUAAUGUUGAUGGCUUCUUUCCAGCACUUUGAUGGUCAGAUGGUUUAAAUGUAAUGUUGGUUUGUAUCAAUCGAUGUCUGUGAUCUUCUCUGUGUCAUUAAUGAGGUGUUGUUUACAAAUUAAAGCUUUUAAAUGAGCCGUGUUAACAAA